AUGGCCGAUGAUUUUAUUAAAAUCAAUAAUGAAAAAUAAUCAUUAGAAUAAAAUGAAGCAUCUGAUAAUAAUCAAUAAAAUAAAUAAGAAGAUAAUGAUGUUGAAAGUAACAAAAAAAUUAACUAAGAAUGUGACAUUGUAAAAGAAAAAGAAAAUGCAAUAGAUUUAUGGGAAACUAUAAUCUAAGGAAAUUUUGAUAUUAUCUUUAGUUAUGAAGAUAUUUUAGAUUAUAAUUCUUUUGGUCCACAAGGAUUUGGCAUUGUUCAUUAUUUAGCAACUUAAGGAUAGCUGGAGGGUUUAAAAUUAAUGAAAAAAAGAGGUGCUAAUCUAGAUUUAUUGACUUAAUCAAAACAAAAUGCAUUAGCAAUUGCUUGUAAUUUUGGUUUUAUUGAUAUUGCUAAAUAUUUGAUUGAUUAAGGUUGCUCUUUAGAUAACACUAAUUUGUCAAAUAUGUCUCCAUUGUCAUAUGCAAUAAAAAAUAAAAAAUAUGCUUUAAUAUUUUAUAUAAUAACGAAAGGAUAGUUUUAAAAUAUAUAAGAUACCUUUGGAAAUUCCUUUGUUCAUUUUUCAGCAAUGGAAAAUGAUGUUUUUAUGCUUUAAUUUUAUAAUGCUUUUUAAUUAGAAUACAAUCUAUUUGAUAAAUAAGGAUAAACUCCUUUAACAAAAGCAAUUAAUAAUUGUUCUAUUGAUAGUAUCAAAUUCUUAUUAAGAGAAAAUCCAAAGUUAAUUGAAUAUGCUCUUGAUUUAGAUGUAGUUAAUUCAAAUGAAAAAAUUAAAUAAUUAAUAAAUUAGGCUAAAAUUUAAAAAUGGCUUUAAUAAUAUCAAAUAUAUUAAAAAAUAUAAACAUCAAUUAAAACAUAUUAAAAGUAUAUAGUGAUUGGAAGUUUAGUUUUUUUCAUAUUUUUUGAACUAAUAUUAUUUAUUAUUAGUGAAGUUUAGAAAGUAAAUUAUUGAUUUAUUUUUAGACUUUAAAUGAUGGAUUUUUAGGUUUAAUGUUUGAUAUAAGUUUUAUUAUUGGAAUGCUAUAUUUGAUAUUUUAUGUUGUAUGGUUUAUGCUUAAAACUACUGAUAAUUAGAAUUAAGGAACUAAACUCAUUUAAAAAAGAAUGCCAGAAUUAAGUGAGUAAAAUAAGAAUACAUCAUAAAUUAAUGUUGUUAUAAAGGAAGAGGAAUCUAAGCAAACAGAAAUAAAGACAAGAUAAUAGAAAUCAUCUAUAAGAUAGUAAUAAUUAUAGUCUGAUGAAUAUAUGCCAUUGGCUGGAAAUAUGAAUCUUGGGUAAGUGUAGAAUGAGUAUGAAGAUGCUGAAGUAGAAGUGGAAGAAGAAAAUGAAGAUAAUAAUUAAGAAGAGGAAGAGGGAUUAAAUGAAAAAUAAAAAUUCUUAAAGAAAUAUCAGAAAGAAAGUCAAAUGAAAUUUAAUCUAUAUCAAAAUGAUAUGACUCCAUCUUUUUUAGAAGGGGUUACUUUAAAAGACUUUUUAUAAUUGAAUUAUAAGGCAGUUGAAGAUUUAAUAGAUUAAAUGCAUACAAAACCUUCUUAUUAUUUUAAAUUUGCUAAUAAAAUCAAUUAAUUCAAGCAAGAAAUAAAUUCUCUUUUAGAAAUAAAUGAUCCAUUAUGGUAUAAUGGUUUUACUAUCAUUCAUAUAGUUUACUUUUUAUUUGAAACAAAUAGAUUUAAAUUAUUACAUAGAAUAGAUUGGAAUAGAAUUUGUUUUACAUGUCUUUCUUAUAAGCUCCCUAGAACUUUUCAUUGUUCAAGCUGCAAUAUGUGUGUAAUUUAUUUGAAUUUAGAUUUAGGUUAAAGAUUAUCAUUUACAUUCUAAAUUUUUUGGAAAAUGCAUUAAUUCAACAAAUCAUUUUUUUUAUUUUUUAUUUGUUCUAUCAUUUACAAUCUUGAUUAAUUUUUAUCUAUUAUUUACUUUUUUGCAUUACUAUGAAAAAAUAAAUUCUUUGGCUAUUGCAAUACCAAAUAUAUUUUUCUUGAUAGAUCAAUAUAGUAGAUUAUAAUCAAUAGUAUUUUUAAUCAAUGUAGGAUUAUCUUUUAUUUUAAAUUUUGAAUUGCUAGUUGAAGUAACUCAAUUAUUCUAUAUACUAGAUAACAUGUAUAUUGAAUAAUAUGACAAGAAAUGAGCUUUUUAAUAGCAACAGAUAUAAAUAUCUAUAUAUUCCAUCUGUUUAAUCAAAUGGAUAAGCAUAAAUGAGAUAUGCAAAACGAUUUUAACAUGGAAUAUCGAUCAAUUUAUUCAAUUUUAUUAAAAAUUCAUUUAGAAACAUAAAAUUAUUAUGA